GGCAACGCCUUUACAUAUUCCUCGGAUUUUUUCUUCGGUCCUCAAGAAAAUCUUUGAAAAUGACGAAUUUUAAAUGAAAACAGCAACCAAAUAGAACGCAAAGUGAUGCCGGAGACUUAACAAACGACUCCGAAAUAAAGUGCAAUUAAAUUACAUAGUUUUAUACAACGGAAACCGGCUGGCGAGCCGUAGCAACCUUUCGCCUCCAGCAGCAUUGUUCUAAAUGCCGAAAAGUUUAUUACUCAUUAAGCGAAAGCAUUUGUGUGCCUAGUUAGUUAAUUAAUUACAGCCGAAAGAUGAACUUGACGUAUGUGUUCGUGCUCAUUUGGCUGGCCUUCCUCAUUAGCAGCGGAGUGCUGCUCUUCUCGCGGGGAUUCCUAUUGGCCCGGGUGUCCAAAACGGAGACGAGCACCUGCCGUCGAUUGUCCACGAAUCCCAAUGCAGAGUACGUGCUCACCGACGAGGUUGUGAACGAGAUCUUCAAGGAUGUCAACGCCUCCUCCAAUCUGUGUCUUCCGCAGAAGUCAAAGGUCAUUGUCCUGGUUGUGGAUGCCCUGAAAUACGAGUUCGGCCUGUACAAGGAGAACGUUACUGAUCCUUUGCCCUAUGAAAACAAGCUGGUGGUGCUGCAGGAGCUGUUGCAGCAGAGUCCUGACCAUGCCCGCCUCAUGAGAUUCCGUGCAGAUCCGCCUACAACCACGUUGCAGCGCUUGAAAGGAUUGACCACCGGCAGUCUGCCCACCUUCAUAGACAUUGGCUCGAACUUUGCCUCGCCGGAGAUCAACGAGGACAAUGUCAUCGAUCAGAUAGUCAAGAGCGAUCUGCCGCUGGUCUUCCUGGGCGAUAGCACCUGGACAGAUCUGUACCCGCGACGCUUCAAGCGAUCCUACUCCUAUCCCAGCUUCGAUAUAUUCGAUCUGGACAGCGUGGACAAUCAGAUAUUGAAGCAUCUGCCCAAGGAGCUGGCCAGCGAUGACUGGCAGGUGCUGGUGGCCCACUUCCUGGGCGUGGAUCACUGCGGACACAAGCACGGACCCAUGCACGAGGAAAUGGCGCGCAAGUUGGGAGAGAUGAAUGAGAUGAUAAGAACCGUGGUGGCGGCAAUGGACAACGACACCACCCUAUUGGUGAUGGGCGACCAUGGAAUGACGGCAUCCGGCGACCAUGGCGGCGACACCGAUGACGAAACCAAUGCCCUGCUGUUUGCCUACUCCAAGCAGCACAGAUUCUAUGGCAAUGAUUCGGGCUCAGAUAGCGAAAUGCUGCAGCAGAUUGAUCUGGUCCCCACCCUGGCGACCAUACUUGGCGUCCCAAUACCCUACUCCAAUCUGGGUCUGGUCAACUUUAACAUUGUGCCCGAUUUGCAAGUGCCGCACUUGAACAAGUUCCAAACACUUCUGCUGCAUUCCUGGCAGAAUGCCCAGCAGAUCUAUCGGUACUUCUUCCAGUACGCUUUGGAGAACAAGCGCACCUUUAAUGUGGACCAGAUGGACCAAUUGGAGACCGAGUUCAUACUGCUCACCCACCGAGUGCAAACUGUUUACAACGAGGUUGCCUACAGGUCCUUUGUGAGGGAUUUGAACACGAAUCUGCGGGAUAUCCUGGGCACCUGCCGUGAGAUCUGGGUUAGGUUCGAUCCCACGCAGAUGUCGCACGGUCUGCUCUUCACCUUCCUGCCCUUGUUCUUUAUCUUCCUGCUGGUGAACAACUCGCGUCCGGCGGACUAUGCGCACAUUUUUAAAGCCAAAGAAGUAUUCUACACAUACCUCAUCAACUUGGCCGCUGGAGUCUUUGGAUACCGCUACUUUAAGACAUUCUCCUUCAAGACGGAGGAGCAUGGAGUGAUCUUCUUCACGGCCUUGUCCAGUGCUGUGAUCUUGGUUUUCCACACGCUGCGCCACUGGACCAACAUUGCCACCAACUGGGCGGCGGUGAAGAGGUUCGGACACAUGCCCACGAGGCUGCUGCUCUUCGCAUCCAUGGGUGUGUUCUUCUCGAACAGCUUCGUCAUUCAGGAGGCCAAGAUCUUGUCCUAUCUUUUGGCGGCAUCCAUUUUCCUGCUCUCUUACGAACUCCUGCGGCUAAGUGCUCGCUUAGAUUUCAGGACGAAGUUCAAGGCCUCCCAGUUUCUGCGCUCCACUGCCUUGAGACUGAUCCUGGCCAGCUUCUUGGCUAUAUGCUUAAUACGCUUUGCCUACACACUAUUCCGAUGUCGCGAAGAGCAAGGCAAUUGUUCGGACUUUGCUAACAGCGGCGGAGCAGGAUUCUCGAUCAAGAAGCCGGGGACGGGCAAGACCUACAUCCUUGCCGUCGUGGUACUCGUAGUGUACACCACCCUCACACGAUUGUAUCUGAGAUCCUGCGGAAAUCUAACUGGUAACUCGCCAAACGUAUUGCUGGCUCGCUAUGGACCUACAGUGGCCUCGAUCUGCGCCGGCGGCCACGUGUUGCUCGCCAACAGCUCCAUCAAGAACAUCCAGCGCACGCACAUCGAUGCCAUGGCUCUGGUUAUCUACGGUCUGCUGUUGCUGCAGAUCAUAGUAGUUUCCUGGGCUCCGCUGAUGACCUUUGUGCUGCCUCCCAGGAGUUCACAUACUGUGACGAUCAACGGAAGCGAGAGCAUUGUGCCGGAGAUCUUCAGGAAGAUGAAACGCAUGUACGAGGGCGAUGACGACGAGAGGCCAAAUCAGAUCCCGGUGGUAUAUGGAUUGGCAACCGUUUACUCAUCCAUCGUCAUUGCCUUUGGCGUCUUCCUGGCUUUGGUGAUGAUUGUUCUCCUGGAACCGCGUGCUUCCAUCGGCUUGGUUGUUUGUGUGGCCGUGGGAGCUAUCCUGCUCAGUGUGCACGGUAUAUUGCGUUAUCGAACUGCCAGUAGUUUUGAGAGCUGUGUCCAGCCCACUUUUACGGCCCUGGUUGGCUGGUUCCUGCUGGCCCAUUUUUGCUUCUUUGCCACCUCGCAUCAGACCACGCUGUCGCAGAUUGAGUGGCGUGCUGCCUUUGUCGGCCGCACCACUGGCAUUGGCCAGUCAAAUAUUAUAUCUGGCGCCCUGGUCAUUCUAAACACCUUUUGCGGACCUAUUUUCUUCUUCUGUAUGUACUCUCUGCUCAAUACAGAGACCUUUUCCCUGUUCGCUCUGUUCCCCAACCUCAUCCGAAGCUGCAAGAGUGGUGGCAAAGCGGAUGCGACCACUUCGCUGUCGGAUUUGGCCAAUGAGGCGGUUGGCUUUGACAUGACAAGGGGCGAACUGACUUUGUACGAGUACGAGGAUGUUUUCCUGGGAGCUGGUUUCAAGCUGGCCAACCAGUUCUUCAUGCUUCAGGGACUCAAGAUUUUCUGUGCCAUGAUGGCCUGCACCAUUCAUUGCCGUCACCUGAUGGUGUGGAAGAUAUUUGCGCCGCGAUUCAUCUACGAGGCCCUAGCUACUUUCGUCAGCCUGCCCGCCCUGAUUGUGGGCUAUCUUCUGGUGCUCCGCAUCCACCGUGCUGUGGACACCCUCAUUAAGCGCAUCAACAAGACCAAGGUCCACUAGUCUCAGCCCAAAAUACAACUAUUUAUUUAGGCCUUAAUAAACACGCAAGUAAUAAGGAAA